AGAUCAGAAUUCCCAACUGUUUGAGCCUCCAGAUCAGGAAGGUUGUGGGAGUGACUUGAUGGUGGUCAAAGAAUGAUGUCUCUUUGCGUCCUGCGGGUGUACUUUGUUGUGUUCAUCCUUACUGUAAUGGAUGGACUUCCAACAGAUUCUGACGAUGUUCAGAGCAAUCUGAUCAAGCAAAAUGCUGCACAGGAAACUACUGAACAAUUGGAUGAAGUGCUCAAAGAUACAAGAGGAAGAAAAAAUGGUGAUAACACAACCCUGGCAUCUUUACUUGACCUGGCUUUCUUCAAGCAGCUGUCAGCAAUGAGCAGGGCUUCACUGACACACGAGCUUCAUGUGGAGGAGAAAUGGACAAUCAAUAUAACAGAUUAUUCAAGUCAAAGUGACCUGGACAAUAUGUCAAAUACCAUAAACUGUUCAACGGUUGUCUGUAAGAAUGACUGUUGGUCCAACCGAUACAGAGCCAUCAAUUCCGUGUGCAACAACAGGAAGAUUCCCCAUCUGGGAGCAUCCAACAUGCCUUAUAUUCGCUGGCUCCCAGCUGAAUAUGAGGAUGGAUUUUCCCUCCCAAAAGGCUGGACAGAUGGGAAAUGUUACAAUGGAUUCCCUCUGCCUCUGGUCAGAGAUAUUUCAAACAAAAUCCUGAAAGCACCUAUGAAAAGUAUUGUUUCAGAUUCAGGAAGAAGUCAAUUUUUUACACAGUGGGGUCAGUGGAUUAGUCAUGAAAUAAGCUUCACUCAAUCAUCCAGCAGUCAGCAGACCUUCUUCAAUGAAAUCAACUGUGAAACAUCUUGCGUGAAGAAACCUCCUUGUUUCCCCAUUAAGGUACCUCCUGAUGACCCACGUAUCACAGGCACUGGGCCGUGCAUCCCAUUCACCCGUUCAGCUUUUGUAUGCCUCUCGGCCUUUGAGAAAGUGAACACUUGUGAGCAGAUUAAUACACAGACGUCUUACCUUGAUGCCAGCAAUGUCUAUGGCACCACAGAAAACCAAGCAAAGAAGCUCCGGGAUUUCACCAAUGAAAUGGGCUUGUUGAAAGUCAAUCCUACUUUUUCAGACCACGGCUUGCAUUUCCUGCCUUUCAGAAACUGUAACUGGAUGGAUGCUUGUACAGCGGCCAACAGCAGCUCCUUUAGUCUCAGCACGGAGGCCGGUGAUGCCCGUGCAGAUGAAAACAUGGGGCUGUUGUCAUUCCAUACGAUAUUUCUACGGGAGCACAAUCGUUUAGCUAGGAAGUUGAAGAGACUGAACCCACACUGGAGUGGAGAAACUAUCUAUCAAGAAACAAGGAAAAUUAUUGGAGCAUUUCAACAGAUUAUUACCUACAGGGAUUAUAUUCCUCGGGUAAUUGGCAAGCAUGCGACAGAGAAGUACCUCUCCCAAUACCAAGGCUAUGAUGAAUCUGCCGAUCCUAGCCUUUCUAAUGUUUUUGCCACAGCUGCCAUGCGCUUUGGCCAUGUCACCAUCCAACCAGUUGUGAAACGUUACAAUGAAAAUUACCAGGAGGAUUCAAGCUAUCCCAGCAAGCUCCUACACAACACUUUGUUCACUCCAAAGAAAUUAAUUAAAGAAGGAGGAAUUGAUCCAAUCGUGCGAGGGUUGUGUGGUAGCCCAACCAAGCUGCAGACCCAGACUGCAAUGAUGCCAGAUGAGCUGAGGGAGAAGCUGGUUGUAUCACAACAUGGGAUGAAUCAGGACCUAUCAUCCAUUAAUAUCCAGCGUUCCAGGGACCAUGGUCUUCAAGGUUACAAUGCUUGGCGAAGGUUCUGUGGAUUAUCUGCACCACCAAAUCUCUCUGCUCUUUCACUUGUCCUCAAGAAUAAGAAACUUGCAUUUAAUCUUCUCAAACUGUAUGGAACCCCAGAGAACAUUGAUGUGUGGGUUGGCGGAAUCUCUGAACCCUUUGUGGAAGGUGGCAGGGUGGGACCAUUGUUCACCUGCUUGAUAGGACAACAAUACAAGAACCUCCGAGAUGGAGACAGAUUCUGGUGGGAAAAUGAAGGAGUUUUUACUGCUAACCAACGGCAGGCUCUUCAACAUGUCUCAUUAGCUGCCGCCAUCUGUGAUAACACCGGCAUUGAGAAACUUCCAAGGGAUGUAUUUGCAUUCAAAGCAAACCCAAAUUCAUAUGAGAGAUGUAAUCGCAUACCACGGAUAAAUCUGAGUGCCUGGAAAGAACGGUUUAAUGCAACCUGUGGACCCAUCCCUCUAGUCUGCCAUGCCUUUUUCUCAGUCUGUGGAUCAUCAGUCAGAUACACCUGCCGUUCUGGAUUGAAACUGAUAGGAGAGGACACAAUAACAUGCCUGAGUAAUGGACUCUGGAAUUCCGCACCACCUACUUGUACAGCCUGAUUCCAAACAUCUCCAGUACCACUGCAGAGUAUCUUCUCUGAAGCUGGCUUUAUCCUACAGGAAAUUAAUUCAUCCAACCCUCAUGAUCACCAAGAACACUGUUCAAAAAAAGAGGUAUUUUGUGUUUGUUCAGACAUCAAACUCAGUUAGAGUACCACAGAGGAGGAUUUGGAGCUCAUGUACAAUGGACUUCUACAGAAUCAGAGAUACAACAUUUUCAGUUGAUCAAAUCAAUCUGCCCAGUGUUAACACCUUUCUAAAUAAAAGCUGAAUUCCGUUCUCCUGCGCCUGCUUCUUCAACCAAUGAAAUUCCUACUUUCUCUGUGAGAACUAGCUCGGUGGGAUUUGUGUGCUUCACUUACCUUCAUCAUAAGUUCAACUGAAUAUUAGCUGUUGCUGUCUAAUGUAUGUGAACAUAUCUUGUAUUCCAUAGAUUAAACUCCUGUUACUUUGUGUCAAUAAUGUUCUAACCUAAUGCUUUGCCUUUCUAGACAUGACAAUGAGAUUCAGUGCUGACUAUCUUUGUCUGUAGAAGCUGCAAAAUAAACUAACAGUAUAGUGCUGAAUUAUGUCCUGAGUGAAAUGUUGUUUCGUGACAGAGAUUACUUUUUACUCCUUCUGAUAGAUGAAGCAGCUUCCUCCUUCACAUUCCUUUCUAGAGUUCACAAAGUUUAAGAUGCCUCUCCUGAAAAUUUCCUGAGAAGAUCUGAAAGGGAAUGUGACACCUUGUGAAUAGCAAAGGCUAGGAUUAAAUUCUAU